CGAAGAGAACCAGCGUUCACACCAGAUAGGGCCUGCAAAAGGCUGGGGGUUUGAGACGGCAGCUCGCCGAGACACGUGACCACGGCACUUCCUCUUAUCGGAGGCUUUCUCCCCAUCUCGGGCAGAUUAAGGGGUGAGAAGGCUCAGCGGGCCAAGAAAAAACAAAGAUGCAAAGUUACACAAAACAAGCCCCUGUGGGAAGUGCAGCCAGCCAGGGUCCUGGUGCGGUUCAGAUGAGGAUAAAGACUUCCGCCAACCCUGGGGAAAGGCUCAGCCAGACCAAGUCCAUGGUCAUGCCAGACCCUGGACAGGCCCAGAAACCCAUAUCGCGCCAUCGGAGGAAUCAAUCUCAGCAUAACUUGGGUGACAUCAGCAAGACGGACCAUCCUACCGCCCUGAAAGGUGAAUAUCUGAACAAGGCGAAAAUAGCGGAUGGAGGGAAGAAACAGAGGAAGAACUGGACCUCCACAUGGGUUGUCCUUGAUGUUACCCAGCUGCUGUUUUACAAAGAAAGCAAGCAAGAGGCUUUAACAAAUUUGAAGCCGGGAUGCAAGCCAGAAGGCAUUGAUCUCUGUGGGGCUCUCAUCGAGUGGACAACGGACAAGUCGAGCCGGAAGAACGUCUUUCAGAUAACAACCAGCUCUGGCAACGAAUUCCUGCUCCAAGCUGACAAUUAUACAACAAUAUGUAAAUGGCAUGAUGCUAUUAAAAAAACAGUCGACAGUCUGGCAAGGGGAAAAGAAGGCGUCUUUCCUGGGAAACUCACUCUCCGGAAGUCAAACAGCUCAGAAAUUCUGCCCAGACCCAGACAUGACUUGCCCGUCACCAAGGAACCCAAACCGGAAAAAAGGCGGUCACUCAUCAAGCUGAACUACAGCGCAUCGGACAGUGCAGACAAAAACGGGGUGAAGAACCGGCUGAAGAAGUUCAUCUCCAGGAGGCCCUCCAUGAAAACACUGCAGGAAAAAGGCAUUAUCAAAGAUCGAAUAUUUGGAUGUCACCUGCUGACACUUUGUCAAAGAGAGGGAACUACGAUCCCCAGCUUCGUACAGAAGUGCGUUCAGGCAGUUGAAAAAAGAGGUAUGGAAACAGAUGGAAUAUACAGAGUGAGCGGGAACCUGGCGACCAUUCAGAAGUUACGGUUCAUAGUCGACCAAGAAGACGAGCUGGAUUUGGACGACUGCCAGUGGGAAGAUAUCCACGUGGUCACCGGAGCGCUCAAGAUGUUUUUCCGGGAGCUUCCAGAGCCGCUGUUUCCGUACCGGUUCUUCGAACCGUUGGUGGAGGCGAUAAAAACAAAGGACGAUAAACAGCGGGUGCAAGCCGUGAAGAAGCUGGUACAGCAGCUACCAAAGCCCAACCACGACACAAUGAAACUUCUCUUCACACACCUGCAGAAGAUCCUCACCAAGUCCUUGAAGAACCGGAUGUCAACACAGGGAAUCGGGAUUGUGUUUGGCCCAACGCUCAUGUGGCCAGAAUUGGAUUCUGGGAAUUUGGCGUUCAACAUGGUGUACCAGAAUCAGAUUGUAGAGUUCAUACUCAUCGAAAGUUCAGCAAUCUUCGGACCUGCGGGGAAGUAGUACAAGAGUACAUUAAAUCAAUACAAGGGAAGAUGACACAUAUCCAAGUAUGCAGCAUGUACAGCAUAGUGUUGUAAUGGUAGUUCAAGAAGAUUAGUUUGUCAGAUACUGUAUGUUCAAUUUCCUCAUUUACCUUAACAAAGGUGCCUUUGGAACAAAGGGUCUUAUCCAAAGUGUAAGAUAAUUCAGAAAUAAUACGCUAUUUUUUCCCCCCUUUCAUUUUCUAUUUGUGCAUUUUGAAUUAUUAGAAAUGAUUAAAGCAAGGAAAACAUAUCCACAAUGUCAUGGUAAUUAUCAGGGAAAUCGCUCCUUUACUGUGGAGGAGAGUGAAUUGCUCUCAUAAUUAAAUCACUCAGGAACAGAAAUGAGAUACAGGUUUUAAUGUUCUGUAAAUAUCCCAUUAACUGGAGUUUUAAACGCAGGAGAGGAAGGCAUUUCCAGAGUCCUUGCUUAGCCUUUCAGUCCCACAAACCUUCACAAAGUGGUCUGCCAUCGCUUCAGUAUUUUUCUGCCCAUGAUGUAGAGGAGAAAAGCCAGGUUAGAUACUGUAGCCAUAUCAUAUCCUCAGGCUCCAGACAUAUUGUAAAUCAGUAGUAAGUUCCUUUAAAAUGCCAUUUUCUGUAGAAUGCCUAAGUUGCUGAGCCAGUUGUCAACACUGUAUUUUUCUGUUUGUUUACAGUUACGCUUUGAGUGGCUUGUACUUAAUUUACAAAGUAGUACUGUUUUCGCUGGAUAGCAUUUUGCCAAUUUUGACGGUUUACAUGUUACAUUUAGUGAGUUUUGUACCACAUCUGUUUGCAGUGAGAAUCUUGGACUAUGUGGAAUAUGUGAAUAAAGACUUUAUUCUGUUC